AUGGUUUUGAGCAAUCAUCCCACUUCCGCUAAAAAACAUCUUGAGCUGCCCUCAGAGCGACAGGUGUAACGCAGAAACCCGGAAAUACGACAGACGAAAACAACAGGAAUCUUCUUACUGAAGUCAUGGAUAAGAACAUACAACAGGAUUUUGAGAACCAGUUCAAUGAUGUGGUCUCAAGACUACAGUCAAAGAAGAUGUUUCAGUCAGACUGGGACAUUGCCUCUUUCGCAGUUUUCUUCAUCUUUAUAGGAAUGGUCCUGUUGCUGGUUAUCUUGGUUCUCAUCCGCUGCUGUUGUUGCUGCUGCUGUGAUGAGAAGCCAAGAAGACAGAAGGUGGGCAUCGACAAUAUGGGAAUGGAGCCGUGAUCUUCCAGAAACAACAGCCACCAUUACAUCCACUUUUUGUUUCCUAUCAGUUUUGCCACCUAAUCACUGUUUAUACGUGAACAAGUAAAAUAAUGGAGGUAGGAGAAAAAUAUUUUAGGUAGAUACUUAAAGGGAUGAUAAAAGCAAAAACCUUUCCCUACUGUGAAAAAAUGCAGUUAAUAUUUACCCUGGAAAUCAAUCACAUGAUUGAAUUUACAUUUCAUUGUAGAUACCAUAUCCACUUCAUCAGAGAGAACAGAUUUUAAUAUACAAGCAUGCACACCACUUUUGAAGACAUUGGUUACUUUCUGGUUACACACUUUAUUGUGUAGAACCAAUGCAGGCCCUUGACAAAUGGCCUCUAUUGAAAAGAGCUUGUUUUUAGUUGUCCAUUGAACAUCAUGUUUAAUCUGUUAAUCUUGUACCUGGCUGUUAAGACUGAAUCCACUUAGCCUACACAUUUUCACUGAAUUAGCCUUCUCCAAGUGUUUUUAGUAGAUUUCUUUCAAAUGCUUGACUUUUAAAUCAUAUAUAUAUAUAUAUAUAUAUAUAUA